CGAGUUGUCUUUAGUCCAAAUACUUUCGUUUGCGAAGCUGUCUGGGAGCCGUGGCCAGUCCGUACCCUACAAACACACCCAUUGGAUUAGGCCUACGCCUAUUUUACGCCUGUUCCGACUUGUUCGAAGAAAGAUAGGCUAAUAGUUACUUUCGACUUACUGUAAGAAGACAGUUACCCUAUUUAUUCCAGCAACACCUGCGACCAAGUGAAAGUAAAUGUAAGACGGCGGCUGAGUACGUGAUUUUCAUCGGCUUUUCUGAAAUGGCUGUUCGGUGUUUCCUGGUCUAUCUCACUCUUACCUGGUGCCUAGUUGCUGGACAGUCUCCAAAAUAUGUACUCAAGGGGAACACAGUCCACUUGGAGCCGGGCAUUAAUGGACAACCUGAUGGGAUUCUAUGGAAACACAAUGGCAACAAAGUUGUAGAGUUUAACGGCAACGAGGAACACGUGUACAACCCAUAUAAAGACAGGAUCACUCUUGACUGGGUCACUGCUGAACUCGAUAUCGCUAACCUCAGAUUUGAAGACAGCGGAGAGUAUGAACUUGAAGUAGACAUCAACAAAGGGCUGCAUCGUUCAGUUCAUGAAUUGGAGGUCAUAGAUGAAGUCGCCAAGCCCACCAUAUCCUGUGAGAUGAUGGACGGCGGCAGCUCUAACAAAUCUGGAAAGCUAGUGUGCACCACGGAGCCCAGACGACCUGAGUCUUUGAUUAAGUUUGAGUGGAGCUCAAAUGGAAAAGUGCAGCGUGGCCCAAAUUUACUGGUAUCUCUGGGGGAGAAACAUGAUGAUGAUGUGUACAGUUGUCAUGUGAGCAACCCUCUGAGUAGGAAAACUGCUACAUUCACUGCAAAGGAUUGCCACCCAGACGGUUCAUCUGCAGCACUGAUUGCCAGCCUGGUCAGCAUCAUUUUAAUUGGGCUUUUUCUCGUGGGUCUGGGCGUACUGUUCUGCAAACUACACUAUAAAGCAUGUUUUGCAAACGAUGAUUUGGAAAAACAGUCACCGACCAAAAAAACAGAAGGGUCAGAUGAGCAGGCAGCUCCAGGUGUAGAAAGAAAGCCCCUCCUUCACAGAGAGUCCACACUUGCCUCUACUCAGCCACUUCGCCAUUUGUCCCCAGGUGUGAGGAGUAUGAGGCAGGACGAUGAUGCACAUUCAGAUGUUGAGACUGUCAAAAGUGAUAUGGAUAAACCAGAUGAGACGCCACAAAAAGGUGUUCAAGAGCUUACAAUGAGGUUUGAGCAAAACAGUGUCAAGAGAGAGAAGCCCAAGGAGCCUGUGUCUCUUCCUUCCACUCCGCCGAAUGAGCCACCUUCUCCUCUGUAUCAGAAUAGCCUUGCCAGCAGCCACAAAGGUGAUCUGGAUACAGAACAGCUCGGAGAACACACAGAGGUAGAAGUCCCACAGUUGGACCUCUCAGACCCAGCCGGAGUGUCGGAUGACUUCAGUGAGGACACGAACUCUGAUCGCUUCAUUGCUCCUGAGCAGCCAGAGCCAGAGAAGGAGGCAGAUGAGGAUGAGGAAGCACAGCCUGCUCCUUCCAAUGCUGUAACUCCUCCUGUUGCUCGGCCACGCACCGCUUUGACCAAAAGCUCUCCAAAUACAGCACCCAAGGACACCGCUGGUGAACACGAGGAAGAGGCCAACUCAGAUCAGGCCACUGAGGAAACUGCGGAGAAUAAUGCCAGAGAAUCUGACUCAUCAGGGGAAGGAGAAAGAAAUGAAUCAGACGACUCUCGCAAGGACAGAGAGUCGCCCAUCGUUCCUGAACAGAAAGACUCAAAAACAUCACUGGAUAAGCCGGAGUCGCCACAGAGAGAAGCACACACGAGCGAAGACAACCAGCAAGAAAGUGUCAAACCAGCUGCUGAAGUUGAAAGUGAAAAAGGUAGUGUAGGUGAGAGUGAGGACGCCAUCUCCCUGCAACCUCCGAGCCCGCCCCCAACAGAACCAAACAACAGGAACACUGACACCUCUCAAGAGUCCCCACAUGCUGCAAAUGCAGACCCAUGUCGAGAAGACAACAAGACCAGUCGUGACUCAGAGGGGCAGUCAGAUGAAGAUGAAGGUGAGGGUGAAACUGAUGAAAGUAAAAAAGAGGUCCAGAGUGGCCCGAAAGAAGACAAGCCAUACAAUGAGAGCCUUAGUGAGGAUAAAGAAGGACAAAAGAAAAAUGAAGUCAUUGCAUAGGCCCUCAAGCAGCUUGGCAAACUGAAACAAAGUUCAGUAGGAACAUCAUAGUGAAAGUGAAGCUGUAAAUACAGCACAGCAGAAGGCAGUAAGGGAAUAAGAUCAAUGUAAAGAUAUAAAGGCAGAGUUAUAAGAGUGUGGAGGAAUUUCACACCAGUUUAAUGCAGACAAAUGUUUGCUGUGGGAAUUUAGGAAAAGAUGUGCAGACAGUGAGAGAAGAAGCAGACAGUCACCAAGUAAAAAAGGACAGUUUUGAGGUUGAAAGCAGACGUGUGUUUCAUCUAUCUCUGUUGCCUGGUUGUUUUUUUAAUGUAACAUAAACUGACCUGUUAAAACCAGUAACAUCAGUAUGUAUCGGUAUGCUAACUGAGCAGAGAUCGCCAUCUUGUACACGGUGAAACAGUCCGUGUCAGAGAGCUGGCAUGCACUUGACUGUACAUGUCUCUGCAGAAACAGCACUUCACAUUUUUUAAGGAAGUGACUUUACAGUUUUCUGUCUUCGUCUCAUGAUGUCCACAGUCCUCUUACUUUAAACUUCUGAGCUACUUUAAUGUUAGUCAUGUGAUGCCUUUGUCAUGUAAUAUGACUAAUAUUGUGUUUUUAUUGUUUGUCUUUUUAAACACUACAAAAAAGCAUCCAUUAAUGAUGCUACAUAAUGUUUCCUUAUUUUUAUUUUUUGUAAUGAAUCAAGCUAUAUUAUAAGAAGCUAUAUGUUGACCUGUAAAAAACUGUCUUAUUAAUGUCAUUGUGAUAAUAAGGAGGACUAUAUGGUUAAAAGGAAAUGGCAUCAGCUUAGUUGGAUAUUCAGUGACUGUGACGAGGUUCAGACAACAGAUCUUUGCCCUUUUACAUAUCAAAAUGCUGUAUUGACCAUGUCGACGGAGAGUCAAACCAUUACAAGCUUCAAAUAAUCCCACAUCAAAUAUAUAUGUGGUGUGUAUGAUUAUAUAGAGUUUAUUGAUCCCCAGCAGGGAAAUUCAAUUGUUGCAGCAGUAUGACGACAGAAAUAAAUACACAUUAAUAAGAGAAAGUAGCAGAAAUAAAUAAUAAGAGGUAAACAGACUGAUAUAAGAGUAGAAUAGAAACAGAAAGCAGCAAAGUUAACACCUGUAUGUAAAUAGUGUACAUAUGAUAAUAUUAAAGUAAUCUAAUACCCACUUUUAAAAAUGUUUUAUGCAUACCUUUAUUUUAAUUGACACCAGCUAGUUUCUACUACUUCAUUACUGUGAUGAUAAUUGACUUUUUUGGGCUGCAGGGUAUAUCUGUCAUUGUUGAUUAUCCAUUAACGUGAUUUCCAUGUAUGAAGCUACAGCUGGACUUUAUUUGUAUUUUGUUUUCAUUUCUCUUCGCUGCAGUUUUUGCUGAUGAUGAAUGUUAUGGAAAGGUUUCAUUGGAGUAGUAAAAGCAGUGCCAGUGUGAGUAGUUUAUGUCCAGUUUCUUCUCUUUUUGUUAUAUUAAAAGAGUCUUAGAUUCCACUGUGUUCAAAAGACAUAUUGGAGUAAGAGCACCAGUUAUUGCAGGUUGCUGUAUUUGCUUUGAGAUUCCUUUGAAAGCUGAGGAAUGGAGCCGGAAACCUCAAGGAAUUUAUUUACAGGAGAAGUCGUCUAUCAGGGGGGGAAUGAUGGUUGAAAUGAAAUGCAAUACACUUGCAGUGAAAUAGGAGAAAAAUAAGGUGAUAAACUGAUGGUGUGUUUGGCAGGAAAGUGCAGCAAA